GAACCGGUAGCACCGAGAUCCGGCCAGUACAAACUAAACUUGACAUACAUAUCGUCUUUAUCUUUAUUUGCUGAAUAAAUAAAUACAAGAAUCAAAUGGCUGAAGAAGUUUUAAUCACGACGCCGGGCGCAAUAAGUUCGCACCUUACCUCAUCCCUGCUGGCAGUGGCUUUACUCACAUCUUUUGGUAGCUCUAUGCUCUAUGGAUACAAUCUAGCUGUGGUCAAUUCACCUGCUGGGUACAUUAAAGACUUUUAUAACCGUACAGUUGUAAGUCGGAAUGGAACUGGACUCAACGAAGAGGCCCUGACGCUCAUGUAUUCACUCACUGUUUCUGUGUUCGCUAUUGGAGGCCUCAUCGGUUCCUUGAUGGUUGGCACAUUGGUGACCAGAUUUGGAAGGAAAGGAACAGUGGUCAACUCCACUGGACUGGUCUUCCUAGCCGGAACGCUCAUGGGAUUCAGCAGGAUCUGCGGCUCACCCGAAAUGGUCAUCUUUGGUCGUUUUGUAACAGGAAUACAUUCAGGUAUUUCUCUUAGCGUGGUACCCAUGUAUCUGGGAGAAAUCGCUCCUAAAAACUUAAGAGGCUUCCUGGGGCUUGUACCCAGCAUAUUCAUUUGCAUUGGGGUUUUUUCAGCUCAAGUCUUGGGCCUGCAUGAACUUUUGGGAAAGGAGGAGCAUUGGCCUCUGUUCCUCUCCCUUGUGGUUGUCCCCACCUUCAUCCAGCUGAUGUUGUUACCAUGGUUUCCAGAAAGUCCACGGUACCUGUUGAUUGAGAAGCACAACGUUCAUGCCACUAUCACUGCGCUAAAAUGGUACAGGGCUAAAUGUGACAUCCAGGCAGAGAUAGAGGAGAUGCAGGAGGAGCAACGCUCUCUGUCGUCAGUGGCGACUCUGUCUGUCUGGCAGCUGCUUCUGGACCGCACUGUUCGCUGGCAGGUCCUUUCUGUGAUGGUUAUCAACAUCGGCAUGCAGCUAUCUGGCAUUGAUGCGAUUUGGUUUUACACCAACAACAUCUUUGAGAAUGCUGGGAUUCCGGCCCCUGAGAUCCAGUAUACCACUGUAGGAACUGGAGCUAUCGAGAUUGUCGCAGGCCUUAUUGGGUGUUUCACUAUUGAGCGUCUGGGACGAAGGCCGUUGAUAAUCGGGGGUUUUGGUUUCAUGGGAGUUUGUUGUGCUGGAAUAACAGUAUCUCUUAUUCUUCAAACGCACGUGUCGUUCAUGAAAUAUGUGAGUGUGGGGUGUGUGGUUGGAAUUAUCGCUGGAUUCUGUAUAGGACCAGCGGGCGUUCCCUUCCUGAUCACAGCAGAGCUCUUCAAGCAAUCUCAUCGUCCAGCUGCAUACACUGUUGGAGGGUCUCUUAACUGGAUGUCUAACUUCACUAUCGGCUUCAUCUUUCCUUUUCUGCAGAUGUCUGCUGGAUCCUACUGCUAUCUGGUGUUUUGUGUCGUGUGUUUGAUUGUGGCCGUCUAUGUGUACUUUGUUAUACCUGAGACUAAAAAUAAGACAUUUGUAGAAAUUAGUCAAAUGUUUGCUACCAAAGAUGCCAUUGAGGAGAGCCUAGCCCUUGAUCACCCAGACCAGCUGAAAUUGAGAAAGAUGAAUGGAUAUGGAUAUGGAUCACUUGAAAAUGGUUCACUUGAAUUUGACAGCUCAUCCUCCUGUCCUUGACCUAUAAUGUGAAGCCAGAGAGCACCUUGAGGAAUUAAGAUAUGCGAUCACCCAAAUGGUUUUUAGCCAUUCAUUAUAGGCUAUCAUAUAAUAAUGUAAAAGGUAUGGUUAAGCAGCUGUUGCAUUAUAACUGUCUUUUUAACUUGGCUUACAGCAACCAAAAGACUUCGAGAAGGUCCAUGCCUUCUAUCACUUGUUUGUGAGAUUAUGAUAGAAACAUAGAAAGCUUUGUAGAAUAUAUGUGAUACCUUGUUUGUUUGAACCAUAUGCCACAAACAUAUAAUGUGUAUUAUUUGUGAAAAUUUGUGACACGAGUACUGAAAAGAAAUUUCAGAAUACAUUUUACACUAUUUAUCAUGUUUGUGUUAUGAGAUAUUUUUCUUACAUACAUGCCAUAUAUAAUUGUUAGGAGUUUUAAAGGGUUUUGACUUUUAUACUUGCAUCAAUUUCUUGAGUUGCACACAUCAUUUUAAAUAUGCAAGCUCUUGACAUGUGCCAUGCUAUUGUUUUAUAACAUCGGUGGAUUUGUGGCUGUUUCUAUCACUGACACCUGAAUAAGAAGAAUACUUACAUUUAGAUUCAUGUAUUUGGCAGACGCUUUUAUCCAAAGCGUCUUGCAUUGCAUUGUUCUAUACAUUUGAAUAUAUAUUAUGUAUGAAUUUUACAGUAUUUUAUAUGGGAAAUGUGAUUUAAAAAACCCAGAGCUUAUUUAAUGU